AUGAUUCCUGUGACGGAGUUCCGGCAGUUCUCGGAGCAGCAGCCGGCGUUCCGGGUGCUGAAGCCCUGGUGGGAUGUGUUCACGGACUAUCUCUCGGUGGCCAUGCUGAUGAUCGGAGUGUUCGGGUGCACGCUGCAGGUCAUGCAAGACAAGAUUAUAUGCCUUCCAAAGCGCGUCCAGCCCUGCCAGAACCAAUCUAAUAGUUCAAAUGUGUUUAACACAAUACCAGAGACCACCUCCCUUCCACCACCGAAGCCAUCCACCCCUCCAGCUACAGUUGAAAUGAAAGGACUCAAGACUGAUUUGGACCUUCAGCAAUACAGCUUCAUCAACCAGGUGUGCUAUGAACGGGCUCUGCACUGGUAUGCCAAGUACUUCCCUUACCUUGUCCUUAUACACACACUGGUCUUCAUGCUGUGUAGUAACUUUUGGUUCAAAUUCCCUGGAUCAAGCUCCAAAAUUGAGCACUUCAUUUCAAUACUUGGGAAAUGUUUUGAUUCUCCCUGGACAACAAGAGCUUUAUCCGAAGUGUCAGGAGAAGACUCUGAAGAGAAGGAUAACAGGAAGAACAACAUUAACAAGUCUAAUACGGCUCAACCAAGCACUGAAGGCACUUUGGUCAAGACACAGUCUUUAAAAUCAAUCCCUGAGAAGUUAGUUGUGGAUAAAGGAACACCUGGGGCAUUAGAUAAAAAAGAAGGUGAACAGGCCAAAGCACUGUUUGAAAAGGUGAAGAAAUUUAGGCUGCAUGUUGAGGAGGGUGAUAUACUCUAUGUCAUGUACGUUCGCCAGACUGUACUUAAGGUAAUUAAAUUCCUUAUUAUUAUUGCUUACAACACAGCACUUGUCUCCGAAGUUAAUUUUACAGUAGUCUGUAAUGUUGAUAUUGAAGACAUGACAGGAUACAAGAAUUUUUGUUGUAAUCACACAAUGGCACAUCUGUUCUCUAAACUUUCUUACUGCUACCUGUGCUUUGUAAGCAUCUAUGGCCUGACAUGCCUUUAUACCCUGUACUGGUUGUUCUACCGUUCACUGAAGGAAUAUUCUUUUGAGUAUGUUCGGCAAGAGACGGGAAUCGAUGAUAUCCCAGAUGUCAAGAAUGACUUUGCUUUUAUGCUUCAUAUGAUUGAUCAGUAUGAUCCUCUCUACUCCAAGCGCUUUGCUGUCUUCCUGUCUGAAGUCAGUGAAAAUAAGCUGAAACAGCUGAACCUAAACAAUGAGUGGACUGCAGAUAAACUGCGACAGAGGCUACAGACAAACUCCCAUAGCCAUUUGGAACUACAGCUUUUCAUGCUUUCUGGACUACCAGACACAGUGUUUGAAAUUACUGAGCUGCAGUCUUUAAAACUUGAAAUAAUUAAUAAUGUAAUGAUACCAGCAACCAUUGCACAGUUGGACAAUCUCCAGGAGCUCUCUUUGCACCAGUGCUCUGUGAAGAUCCACAGUGCUGCCUUGGCUUUUCUGAAGGAGAAUCUCAAGAUCUUGAGUGUCAAGUUUGAUGAUAUCAGAGAACUUCCACAUUGGAUGUAUGGCCUCAGAAAUUUGGAAGAGCUCUACUUAAUUGGCUCCUUAAGUCACGAUAUUUCUAAAAACAUUACACUGGAGUCAUUUCGGGAGCUUAAAAGCCUAAAAGUUCUCCACAUAAAAAGUAAUUUGUCCAAAAUCCCACAAUCUGCAGUUGAUGUUUCAAGUCACCUGCAAAAAUUAUGUAUCCAUAAUGAUGGCACUAAGUUAGUGAUGCUCAACAACCUGAAGAAGAUGGUCAACCUGACACAGCUGGAAUUGGUUCAUUGUGAUUUAGAGCGCAUACCUCAUGCAGUCUUCAGCCUUCUCAGUCUUCAGGAAUUGGAUCUAAAGGAAAACAACCUCAAAUCCAUUGAAGAAAUAGUAAGUUUUCAACAUCUGCGAAAAUUGACAAUUCUAAAGCUGUGGUACAACAGUAUAACCUACAUCCCAGAGCAUAUAAAGAAACUCACUAGUCUAGAGCGGCUUUCAUUCAGCCAUAACAAAAUAGAGGUUCUUCCGUCCCACCUGUUCCUAUGCAACAAAAUCAGAUAUUUGGAUUUGGCUUACAAUGACAUUCGCUUUAUCCCACCUGAAAUAGGAGUUCUGCAGAGUUUACAAUACUUCUCCAUUACUUGCAACAAAGUGGAGAGUGUGCCAGAUGAACUAUACUUCUGCAAAAAACUUAAAACUCUAAAAAUUGGGAAAAAUAACUUGUCAGUCCUUUCACCUAAAAUUGGUAAUUUGACAUUGCUCUCCUACUUGGAUAUUAAAGGCAAUCACUUUGAAAUCCUCCCACCUGAACUCGGUGAGUGUAGAGCUCUGAAGAGGACUGGUUUCACUGUAGAGGACAACUUGUUUGAAACUUUGCCUUCUGAUGUCAGAGAGCAAAUGAAAGCUGAAUAA